AUGGAAUCGGCAACCUUGAUUGAAUGGCUUGCGGCCCCAGGUGAUCAGGUCAAGCGAGGUGAUCUUAUUGCCGUGGUGGAAACCGACAAAGGUGCCAUCGAAAUCGAAGUGUUUGAGGAUGGUGUGUUAGAGCGCUACCUGGUAGAGCUCGACAGUGAGGUUGCGGUGGGUGAGCCGCUGGCAGAAAUUCGCACCGGCGCGAUGGAAAUGGACGACGUCGCGCAGACGGAAGUUGCCACAGAAACCCCCGUACACGAAUCUGGCGAUGUCCCGGCUCCGGCGGUACCCGCACCGCCACCACCACAAGGCGGGCAGCGCGUUUCUCCCGCCGCGCGACGCCUGGCUGCGGAACAGGGUGUCGACAUCAGCACGCUGCAUGGAUCAGGGCCUGCAGGUGCCGUGGUCUAUGCAGACGUGCAGGCAGCGGUUGAACCGGGGCAGACUGCCACCGCAAAAGAGGCAGCAGCUGAAGACGACCCGGCUGCCAAGAUGCGCCGCGCCAUCGCCGCCGCCAUGGCCCGUGGCAAACGCGAAAUACCCCAUUAUUACCUGAGUACAACAGUGGAUGUGGAGGUGGCCAUGCAGUGGCUGGCUCAGACCAACGAAGAGAAACCGCCCGCGGAGCGCAUACUGGCGCCUGCGCUGUUUAUUAAGGCCACUGCAGUUGCGCUGUCCAGGUAUCAGGAAUUCAACGGCGCUUAUGUGGAUGACACCUACACUGCAAGCCCGCGCAUCAACGUGGGUGUUGCCAUUGCUAUCCGCGGUGGCGGGCUGGUUGCACCUGCUAUCCACGAUACAAAUGAACUUUCCCUUGAACAGGUGAUGGCGGGACUGCGCGACCUGACACAACGGGUGCGCGCCGGACGCUACCGGGCGUCAGAAUUUCGCGACCCCACGGUGACCGUCACCAGUCUCGGCGACCGUGGUGUUGAGUCGGUGUUUGGCAUCAUCUAUCCACCCCAGGUGGCCUGUAUUGGAUUUGGCAAAGUGGUUGACCGGCCCUGGUCGAUGUCUGACCGUUCAAUUGUCUCCCGGCACACUGUCGGUAUCAGCCUGUCAGCAGAUCAUCGGGUCAGCGACGGGCGUCGGGGGGUUCAGAUGUCGAAAGAAGAUCUGCGCAAGGUGUUGCUGGACGUCAUGGAUGAGGUUGCCCCGGGUUGCCUGCCUGACGUGAUCGACGAUGACGAGGAUAUUCGCGAGCAAAUGGACCUGGAUUCCAUGGAUUUACUCAACAUUGUUGCCGGCCUGCAUGCCCGUCUUAACAUCGACAUUCCGGAAAGCGAUGUGGAACAGAUUGUUACCAUUAAUCGUGCGCUCGCGUACCUCAGCAGGUAG